AUGGCAAUGAAAGCUGCUACUGAGCAGCAUGAAUCUGUGGAGAAUGACUCUGAGAUCAGAGUCGCUCAUGAUGCCCUCAAUGCAAAAUGCAACCCUUUCACUUGGUCAAUGAUCCGCCUUUAUGGAUGUCUUGCCAUCGCCUAUUUGUGUGGUUGUCUGAAUGGUUACGAUGGUUCGCUCAUGGGUGGGCUGAAUGCCAUGUCCUCAUAUCAACAAUUCUUCCACAUGCAAUCUGCUGGAUCAAGCACUGGUCUUGUCUUCGCCAUGUACAACAUUGGCUCGAUCCCUGCUGUUUUCCUGACUGGACCGGUAAAUGACGCCUUCGGUCGUCGUAUCGGCAUGUUUACUGGCGCCGUAAUUAUUAUCAUAGGUACCUGUAUCCAGAGCCCAUCGGUUGACAAAGGCAUGUUCCUCGCAGGACGAUUCAUCUUGGGCUUUGGGGUCAGCUUCUGUUGCGUCAGUGCUCCGUGCUAUGUCAGUGAAAUGGCACACCCUGCAUGGAGAGGAACGCUCACGGGAUUGUAUAACUGCACAUGGUACAUCGGCUCCAUCGUUGCCGCUUGGGUUGUGUACGGAUGUGCCAAACUGGAGAAUUCGGACUCAUUCCGCAUUCCCAUCUGGUGUCAGCUAAUCUCCUCCGUCUUCGUCGCUUUUGGUAUCUGGUUUAUUCCCGAGUCUCCUCGAUGGCUCAUGGCUCAGGACAGGGCCGAUGAAGCCGCUGCUGUUCUUGCGCGAUACCACGGAGAGGGAGACGCGAGCCAUCCCAUUGUUGUUCUACAGCUGAAGGAAAUGGCACGUAGUAUUGCAACCGACGCAUCCGAUAAGGCUUGGUGGGACUACCGUGAACUAUAUACUGGACACUCUGCACGUCGUCGUCUCAUCUGCGCUAUUGGAAUGGCUUGUUUUGGGCAGUUGUCCGGAAAUAGCGUCACUAGCUAUUACCUUCCGGUGAUGCUGGAAAACGCAGGAAUUACCUCGGAGAACACGAAGCUUCUGCUCAACGGUAUCUAUUCGCCUUUGUCGUUUGUUGGGGCCAUCUGUGGUGCCAGAAUGACUGACACAAUCGGCCGCCGUCCUCUGCUCAUUUGGUCUCUACUUUUCUGCUCGAUCGCGUUCGCUAUCAUUACCGGAACCUCCAAAAUGGCUACCGAGGAUCCUUCCAAUUCUGCUGCCGCUAACACUACCAUUGCCUUCAUCUAUCUAUUUGGCAUUGUCUUCUCCUUUGGCUGGACACCACUGCAGUCGAUGUACAUCGCAGAGACACUUACAACUACAACACGCGCCAAAGGUACUGCCGUUGGAAACCUGGCGUCGUCUAUCAGCAGCGUCAUAAUCCAGUACAGCUCUGGUCCAGCCUUCGAGAAUAUCCAAUACUACUUCUACCUGGUUUUUGUGUUCUGGGAUCUUGUCGAGAUUGUCAUCAUGUGGUUCUACUUCCCCGAGACCAAGGCCCGCACGCUGGAGGAACUUGAGGAAGUCUUUGCAGCUCUCAACCCCGUAAAGCGCAGUCUGAUCAAGCGAGAUACGGGAACUGUGCUCCAUACCAUGCAGGCGGAAGCUCCCAAGGAGAUUCAGGUGUAAAGUUGAUUGAAGUGGGCUAACAUCCGG